AUGCCUCACAAACAUACCCGCCGAGAUAGAGAUGAUUCCACAUACGACCUGCCACCGACCCAGAUAGCCAGGCCUCUCCCCGUCGUCGCACCCAAGCUGGCGAGGCAAGCGCCCAAACCAGGCGGAAGCAAAGCCAAAGGGAAGCAGAAUGGAAACGAUGCCGGCAAAGACAAGGGACCGGAGGCACCUCGGGGUGCCAAGCGCAAGCGAGGGGCUGCCGACAAGAAGGAUGAUGCGCCUCGUGCCUUCAAGCGGCUGAUGGCAUUUGCAGACGGCAAGAAGUUCAGAAGCGGGCUUGAUGACGGAGUCAGAGAUACAGCAGCCAAGAAGAAGAAGAAGAAGAGCAAGGCGGCCGAGGGCGACGUCGCCGCUGAGACGGACAACGUUCAGAAGGAAGCUCCCACGAUCCGCCCGGGCGAAAAGCUGUCCGACUUUGCAAGGCGUGUGGAUGCGGCCCUGCCAGUCAUGGGCCUAGUGAACAACAAGUCCGGCAAGAACGAUCCCUUGGGCCUCAAACCUACAAGGACGCGCAAGGAGAAGAAGAUGCACAAGCUCUACGACGAGUGGCGGCGCGAGGAGGCGGCUAUACAGGAGAAGAGAAGAGAAGAGGCUGAGGAGGCCGAGGAGGCUGAGAUGGACGAUGAGGGAGCGGGCGUCAAGUGGAAGCUUGACCUCCAGGACCAGGCUGGUAAGGGAAAGAAGAAGAAAGGGAAGAAGGGCCGCUCUGUCUGGGAGUCUACUGAUGCGGACGACGAAGACCCGUGGGAGGAACUGAAAAAGAAACGAGGCGAGAAGAAGGCCGGACUGCACGAUUUCGCACAGGCCCCACCGGAGCUGAAGACCAAACCGAAGGAGCUGUUCAAGGUUCUCGGUGCCGGAGUUGACGUUGGGACAAUACCCAAGUCGGCCGGAAGCCUGAAGAGAAGAGAGGAGCUCCAGGGCGUCAGGGAGGAGGUAGUGGCUGCCUAUAGAAAGAUGAUGCAGAGCAGAAGAGAGAGGCUGGAAGCCCAGGUGGAAUAG